AUGGGAGUCGACUAUACUGAAAACGAAGAGAAGCUGAGAAUCAUGGCAGACGCAUAUCGGACGAUUUUGCAGUGCGUUGGAGAGGACCCCGACAGAGAAGGUUUGGCGAAAACGCCGAUGCGUGCCGCCCAAGCCAUGUUGUUUUGCUGUCAGGGCUACACACAAACACUGGAAGAUGUGAUCAACAACGCAGUCUUUGAAGAUGCGUUUGAUGAUAUGGUGAUCGUGAAAGACAUUCCCAUCUUUUCCAUGUGCGAGCAUCAUUUACUUCCCUUCUACGGAAAGGUUCACAUCGGCUACAUCCCCAAGGGAAAAGUACUGGGUUUAAGCAAGCUGGCUCGCAUCGCGGAGAUUUCCUGCCGACGCCUGCAGCUGCAGGAACGAAUCACUCGAGAGAUCGCCGACAACAUCAUGAAGGCGGUCGAUUGCGAAGGAGUGGGCGUAGUUGUGGAGGCCGAGUAG